CUGUAGUUGAGAGAAAUGAUACUCGCUAUAUACAAACUUGGUACUUCCUUGUACGCUUGACUGACAUGGCUGAUGUCUGCAACUGAAUUAACUUGUUCAUUGCCUGGAAGCUCCUGUAGGUGGAAACUUCCUGUGCUGCAGUUGGGGAAUGAAACUUCCAAAGGCUGAAAUUUACAAAUGUUCAGGUGCCAACUCACUUGCCUAAAAGAGGAAAGUACCAUAUCUGAAAAAGCUUCACUUUCAUAUUCUCCAACACUUACAAAAAAACAUUUUGAAUUUUCUAGUUUCCCAGAAGAAACAUUGAUGAGAACUGUUUUCAGGUGCCCUUUUUUUUUUUUUUUCCCCAGAGCAAAUAUUGCUAGUUAAAAUCGAUGUGCUCUAUUUGCUGCCACAUUCGUGCCCCUCGCAUCCGCUGAUCUCCACCGCCUCACCUCCCCACACCUGCAGUGCGUGGCUCUGGCUCUGCCUGGCGGGCGGUGGGCGCCACGCCACAUUUCCACCAGCCGCUAACGGGAAGUUUUAAGGCAGAACUUGACCUGAACGCAUGAACUUGAAACAAAACACGACGCAGCCCACGCCCCACCCCAACCUGAUCCGCCUAACGUUAAUGUUAGUCGCUGCUAAUAACAUGACGUGGCUCCCGGUGUGGGGGAAUCCUCCUUCAGGGAGCGAGCGGCGCUCACGCGGGCCACAUGCCGGCAGGGCUGGCGGCCGUUUUGACCGAGCGGCCAAAGGCCAGAUGCGCGGCGCGAGCGACGGGACGCCGGCAACGACCACUGCAGCCCCCGGCCCGGGCUCGGAGGCGACACCACCAAGGCGACUUUCCCACCGGACGCCGGCAACCGCGGGACAGGGCCCACAGCAGCCAAGGCGGGGCGGGGCCGGGCAGGGCAGAGCCGCCUUCCUCGGCGGGAGGGGAAAGUGUCGCUACCUGCCGCUGUUGGGACCCGCCCGUCCUCUUGGUAUUUACGGGAACGUUGCGGCUCGGUGUCGCUUGCAGCCGGUGCUGGGCAGCGGCAUCUUAGCGCUAUGAAGAGUGAUGGUAUCGAGAACCCGGUGUUUGAGCCACCCAGCCCCAACAUCGGCCGCCAGCGUCAGGCGAGCGUCCCCGGGGCAGAUGCCGGUGUCUCUGAGGUUGAGGAGGGGCCCUGCGGGUGGGGCCGGUGCACCCCUAAGGCUCUGCAACUCUGCAACAACCCGGAGGGCUACUUGGCGGCCUACAGCUUCCUGGCUAUCUUCCAAGGUAUUGUGGUAAAUGGCCUGAUUAAUGUUAGUAUUUCAACAAUUGAGAAACGUUAUGAGUUGAACAGUUCCCUCACUGGCUUAAUCUCUGCAAGCUAUGACAUUGCUUUUUGUAUAUUGUCACUGUUCGUAUCUUUCUUUGGAGAAAGAGGGCAUAAACCACGAUGGCUUGCUCUCUCAGCAUUUAUGCUGGGGUUGGGCUCACUCAUAUUUUCAUUACCACACUUCAGUAGUGGAAAAUACCGCUAUGGAGCUAAAGUUGAAGACACGUGCCAAAUUCCAGGAACAAGCUCUGCUAACUUCACUUGCAGUGCCAGCAUGAAGUCUUCACUUUCCAGCUAUCUGUAUGUCUUUAUCCUGGCACAGCUGCUGCUGGGAGUUGGAGGAACUCCACUAUAUACUUUGGGGACUGCUUUUAUUGAUGAUAGUGUUCCAAAGCACAAGUCUUCCUUUUAUAUAGGAAUUGGCUAUGCCAUGUCACUGCUGGGUCCUGCUAUUGGCUAUGUCUUAGGAGGGCAGCUACUUAAUAUUUAUAUUGAUAUCCAGAUCCCAGAAAGUACAGAGAUAGAUCAAGAUGACCCACGCUGGCUUGGAGCAUGGUGGAUAGCAUUUCUUGCAUGCUUUUUUGCCAUUUGGCUUCUUAUGAUACCUUUUUCGUGCUUUCCGAAACACCUACCAGGAACAGCAAAAAUACAGGCUGGAAAAAUCUCUGAAACUCAUAAUGAUGGAAGUGAGACACUUGUUGAGACCAAGAAUAUUGGAAAAAGUUUUAAAGACUUUCCUGUGGCUCUCCUGAUACUGUUGAAGAAUCCAGUGCUUAUGACUCUAAUAUUAGCCAGUUCUUCAGAAAGUUUAGUUGCCACUGGCUUUGCUACUUUUCUACCAAAAAUUAUAGAAAAUCAGUUUGGAAAGACAUCAAGUUUUUCAGCAACUCUUGGAGGGCUUGUAUUAAUUCCAGCAGCAGCACUAGGCCAAAUCAUAAGUGGCAUCUUGGUUUCCAGAUGCAAAAUGGAUUGCAAAAGCAUAAUCAAGUUUAUGAUAGGCACUUGUUCUGUGGCCUUACUGUUAAACACAGCGUUUUUAUUUGCUAAAUGUGGGAAUGAACCGUUCGCAGGUGUCUCUGAAACAUAUAAUGGAACAGGUGUGCCAAAUAACUUAACAGCACCAUGCAAUGCUAAUUGCAGCUGUUUGCGCUCUAUGUACUACCCGGUUUGUGGCAGAGAUGAAGUCCAGUACUUUUCUCCCUGUUUUGCAGGAUGUUCAUCACAUCUUUUUAACAACAUAAAAAAGACAUACCACAACUGUUCCUGUGUUGGGAAACCAAAAAGAGAAACUGAUUUGGAAGACUUUCUCUAUCAAGCUGCCCCUGGGAAAUGUCCAACACAGUGCAAAUUUUUAUCUUUAUUCCUGACCUUCUUCUUUUUUGCUGUUGUUUUUACAUUUAUGGCUGUUACUCCAACAACUGUGGCCAUCCUCAGGUGUGUGCCAGAUAAACAGCGCUCGUUUGCUCUUGGAGUACAGUCAGUGUUUCUGCGAAUACUGGUAUGGUCAAGAGAGAACAUCUCAAAAGGAGCAAUAGAAAUGGAAAAAAGACGUACAGCAAACAGUAAUGAUUCCUUUGGACUACUGCAGGCUCUGGAAAUUUUCUGACUCAGGGAUUUUGUACUGCAAAACAUAACAAGCUGGAAUGUCAGUGUACCCAGGGAUCACAGAAACCACUGAAUUAAAAGCACUGAACUACACUUGAGAUGAACUGGUACUGAAUCACCUGCUAAGAAAAUAAAAGAACCUGAGUCUAAAUCUUUUACUAGUAGUGGUUUCAUUUAUCAACUGGAGAUGAUACAAAGACUUUGUAAUUAAAAUGAGAAGGUAUGUGUUGGGAGAAAUGUUAAUACACAAGUACUGAACCUUGGGUCUUAAUUUUUUUUUUUUUUUUUUGAAAAACAGUUGUGAAUGGUGGGCUGGAUUUAUGAACAUGCCAAGGAAAUUUCUAAGCAGGUAAUCAUAACAAUAUGUUGCAUUUGUAUGAAGCACAGGACAAUCUCUAGUGAAGCUAAAUUGCACAGAUAAUUGAAUGAAGGUAUGGAUCUGUAAAUUUGUAUUCUCUACCAUGACAGUAAACCAGAAAUGCAAUAAUGAAGCGAAGUUAUUAUAGGUAGCACUGAUAGAUAGGCUGCUGGCAGCUGUCUUUGCUCCAAGCUGUUUAUUAGGCUAUUUCAAUAUACAAUAAUCACUGUGCUUCUACUUACAACUUUAGUGAACUCCUCUAUAAACUUCUUUACAGCAUAAAUCCGUAUCACAUUUUAAGAGAAGUUGGCUAUACUGUAUGUCAAAUAAUAUAUAACUAGCUAGGCUGUAGCAUAAAUUACAUUUUAUGGAUUUUAAAGACCCUACAGCCAUCUAAAAAGUAACUCUUGCAUCAUUCAGGUUAGAAGUCUAUAGUUAUGGCUGGCACAUCACAGAUGUGAGUGCAAGGUUAUUUUCUAAAACAGUAGCAGAACCACAAUAACUUCCUCAUAUGCUCAAGUAGUGGAUUACAUGACUGAAUUCAUGCACCAUGUUCUCAGCCUCAUUCAACAUAAACUUCCUGAAGGGUUUUGGGAAAAAGUGGUCAUGUUUUUUCACUGUCUUUGUAAUGACUAAGGAGCCAAGAUCUGCAGGUUAUUAAAGCAACAGAAGUUCUCCCUUAUGUACAAGAAAAUGAAUUCUACUAGUUCUGUGUCAGCUCCUAUGUGGUAUUAAAUGAUGACUUCUGGCAUGCUUUAUACUUCUGCUAUGUGUUUUUCUCCUGCAGCAGCAUUUAUCAGCAGAUCAUCAGAUCAGUGCCAGGAGUUAACAAAAAGUGAAACAAAACAACACUCUUCCCCUUGCCAACCACACAGGCAUUCUGUUGCCAGUUUGCACUAACUGAGGGGGAAUCAUGGGAGAACCUGGACAAAGAAUUUUUCCACAGGAUCAUGGUGAUUCACUGAAAUUUGUAUGUGUUACUGAGUGUUUUUUAUUUAGAUAAAGUGCCCUUAAAUAUUGAGCAGUGUCCUGAUGUAUGCUGGAAAGGGGCAUAUAUACUUCCCACUAAGGGGAAGCUCUGAUGAAUCCCUGACCACUUGGUGAGUCUUGCCCUGUAUCACUAGGUGUUUUCAUGUCCUUCGUAGGGACUGUUAGGGACUGAGCUCUGAAGAGCAUGCACACCUCAGGAGCAGCUAGCAGAAGAUAGUCCUGAGAUUGGAAGCUCUAGUCUCACAGAAGUGGGUGAUACUGCUGUUGAGAGAGGUCAUCCAAACAAGUAAGAUCUCAUUGUUUUCAUUUUUGCACAGACCCUCAGGACUGGCAUUUCAGAGACAAAGAAUGAAACAAUAAAUGUUUUUGACAAAACUGUACACCAAACAGUUGCAAUAAAGAUGCCAAUGACUUGCUGAGCAUGGAGUCUUGUCUCAUUAGAGCUGAACAUCUGAUGGGUGAUUCCAACUUCCCUGAGACUGAUAAAGGACCAUUUAAGGGAUAUGAAAAAUAUCCCUUGGAAAAUAUCUACGGAGAGCAGAUGUUAUCUUCAAUUGUAUUGACAGAUUUCUUCCUAAUUUCUUGUUCUGACCCUACAACUUGCAACAAUAUUCUUUUUUUCAGGGAUAUUUGCUGCAAGAAUGGGGUCAUUUGGGAUUAAAACACUCAAAUAUGCUUUUUUCUUUUUUUUUUUUCCAUUGAUGGCAUACUAUUUGUAAAACUAGUUGUCUAAAAAUAUGAUUGUUUUAAAACUAUGAUUGCUUUAAGUUUCAGUUACCUUUCACUGAGUCUGAGGUACUCCUACAUUGUCUUUGAAAAUAAGUGAACUGCCAGAGCACACUGGAGUUGAAACUUGACCAUUUAAAUCAAAUAUGUUUACUGAAUAGAAAAGGCUUGCCAUUUAAAAAAAAAAAUUGUUCACAUGUGUUCUUUAAUGGUCUGACCCAUAGUUGUGGCAUUUUAGGUACUGACAUUCUCAAUUUACUUUUCAUUAGCUAAAUUUUUUAAAAUAAUUUUUCCAUUUGAUUCUUGGACUUAUUUUGGUAACUUUCCUUUCUACGUCUGUGAGAUUAGUCUUUCUUUUGUAUUAGUACGGUGCCAGCACACUGAUAUAAAUCAUCUGAAGGAGAGGAACAUUCAAUAUUUUAUGAAAUUCUUAGUAUGAAAUUGCCAAGAACUGAAUUUAAUUACUGUGACCUUCAUCUUAAUUUUUAACCUAUAAGAGUACUGCCCAUAAACUAGAGGUUUCAAUAUCCUACUUGGUCUUGAACAAAAGGCCUUCUGUUCACAGGGAGUUUACAUCUUGUUCACAUUUAUUCUUAUUAUGUAGUCCCCACACUUAACUGGAUGCUGAAAUUACUAUCAAAUGGCAUAUAUUUUGCUGCCCUUUAUAUUGGAGAACCUUUUGAAGAUAACUGUACAAACCAAUGUUGUCUUUACAAUGCACAGUACAUGCUGUGAGGCAUUGUCUGAAUGACAAACACUUCGAAUAUUGGUUAGUGUCUCAUAUUGGUACUAUAUUCAGAUAAAAAAGGCAAACAGUGUAUGAGAUUAAUAUUUUUCUUGAAUGUCAACAUUGAUUAUAUGGGGCAGUUUUGGCUAGACAUCUGUCAGCUGUGAAAUAAAUGGUAGACAAGAACAAAAUGCUUAGUUGCACACAAAAAGUGUGAGGGAAGGAAGAAGACAGAAAAAAAUAUACUGUUUACUCAAAAGAUUUCUUAAUGUAAUUCUGGAAUUGAUCAGAGAUUGUGAACUGGGGAAUAGAAAUCUAAAUUUGUCAAAUUUAGAGUGUAAGAACUUAAGCAUUUUCAUCUGAACUUUAAAGGGUACUUGUAUAAUGUUGACAUUGCAUCAGGACAAGUUAGUGCAUAUGUAUCUGCCCCCUCAUAUGAAGAUUUUGUUAUUACCUACGUAAGGUCCGUGAAAAUUAUGUUGUGAAAGGAUCUCACAAUAACAAAUUAUAAAGUAAUAAAUGAUUAACGUAGGUAUUGAUAAACAAAAAGGAAUGUACAUAAGGGGAUUACCUGUUAAAAAAAGGGAAACCUUAUAAGAGCAUGCACAAUAGGUGACGGUACACUACUAAAUUCUCAUCAGAGUUUACACAAAGUUCUUUCAUUGCUGAACUGCAGAAUUCCUUGUCCUAGGACGUUCUGGAAACCAAAGCUGCUUCAGAUAUUUCAGGUACCUACAAUGUGAUGUCAUGAUGGCUAUUCUUCUGUUUUUGAAGACAAUCUUUAGUGAAGGUAUUGUGAAAGAACUCAUGACUUGUGGGAACAUGUAAACUCUAACAGAUGUGUGUUGUAUCUGAAGAGUGGACCAUCCUGUAACUUUAUGGUGACUUCCAUGCUCAAAAGAAGAGGGAAAGUUCAGAUUUCAUUUGAAGCUCAUGCUUUGGGAAGAUUGUCCUGUUGCUACCUUGAAUUUUUACAUCAACUCCUACUCUUACUGUUCCUAAAAGCUACAGUCAGGUCAAAAAUAGAUUAAUUUGUUUUCCUUUGUUUUUAUUUUGGUCUCUAUUAUCACACAGACUUUCUACCUUUCAGUUUCUCACUGCACCACCUUCCCGUGGGAUUGUGAAAUAAGUUGCUAUGCCCCACUAAGUCUGAAUGUUGACUGAGAUUUACCAUUAAUUUGAAGACAUCUGACAAGUAACAAUGAAUUUGCUUAUGAUCAUAUGGAUGUGAGAAGGUAAACUGAUGACAGAAACGUCUGUAUAUACUCAAGGGAUAUUUAACAGAAGCUCAUGAUGUAAAUGUUUCUAAAUAGAUGGAAAGUUGUCCUGCUUUCUGUACUUCAGAAAAGUUCAUGUUCAAAGAACUCUCUGGCCUGGUCUUAUUUAAGAAACCAAAUAGCUCACAGCCGUCUUAUUGGUGUGGGCCCCGUGUCAUCAAAAUCUAGUAUAACCAAAAUCCCUUUGUGUUUUCAUGCUUACUACAGUUUAAAUUUUCAAAAAUUGCAAUCAAUCUGUGGUUCAAAUUAAAGUGUUCGCAAGACAACAAGUUGUGAUCAGUAUCUCUUCAUAUGAAAUAUGUUGUAGAAGUCUCAAAUUUCUUAGUGCCAUCAGGAGGUCACAGUAUUCUACUGCUUCAUUAACCAUUUUGCUUCAGAUAUAUUGCACUUCCUAAUUUAACUUGUUUUUCCUAUCGGCCACUCAAUAUGGGGCCUACUGGCAUAUGAUGCCACAUCCAGAAUAUUCCUGAUUGCUUCCUGUCAUGAGUCAGCCAAGAUAGGUUUAAUUUCUGCACGGCCAGGACAGCUGACCCACAACUAGCCAAAGGGUGUAUUCCAUACCAUAUAAAGUCAUGCUCAGUUGCAAAGAGGGUGGGCCGGGGGGCAGUCUCUGUCCCUCUGUCUCUUUGUCUGUCUCUCUGUUUCUCUGUCUCUGCAUCUCUGUUUCUCUCUUUCUCUCUGUGCCUCUCUGUGUCUCAACCACAUGGUUUGGUGCUGGUGUACUUUGGGGUGCACACGGCUGCAGUGGGACCACCACGUGGUAAGGUUGCACUGUGUGUCUGUUGCUUUGUAGGUUCUUCCAUUAUUGUUGAUGUUACUGUUUGUUAUGUUGUUGUGGGGUGGGUUUUGUGUUUUUUAUUUUUAUUUUUUUUUGUUUUGUUUUUUUGUUUUGUUUGUUUGUUUGUUUUUUCUUUGCUGCUCUGUUAAACUGUCCUUAUUCCAACCCAUGAGUUUUCUGGUUCUCCUCCCCAUCCCACCAGGGGCAGGGGAAGGGUGAGCGAGUGUCACAUGGUUUUAGCUGCCGGCUGGGGCUGCACUGGGGCUAAGCUAUGACACUUCCCCCAAGUAAAAUGAGUCCAGACUGAUCCCUGGAAGAGAGGAGAUCGACCACCCACAGUAGAUGUCUGCACAGAUUUUGAUACCCACCUUGCUUGGAACUCAGCUGUGUGGUGUUACUUUCCUUUUUCCCUUCAUGAUAUGCUGCCCUACUCUGAUCUGAAAAUGUUUCAUUUUGAAGCUAUUAAACAUGAUUUAUUGUUUUAAAACAUCUGAAUAUGUUGAAGGCUUCUGUGUUCAUAUUCAAUUAAAAUAAGGUCUAUGGCAUGUUUUCAGGGAGUCAAUUUCAGUAAUGUUCUCUUAGGAGAAGGAUUUGCAAGGCUAUUGGGCUAAAUUGAUAACCUCCCUUCUUCCUUUCUUAUGCACAUGCUGUCCUCUACUGCUCUAUCUGCUACUUUGUGCAUGCAGGGCAGCAUAAGUAUGAAAAAUGUGCUUCCUAGCUAGCCUGCAACAACAUGGUUAAGAAAAAUAACUAGUUUGCUAAAUGGCCACUUGAAAUGGGAGGGCUAUUUAUCUAUUUGUUUCAGCCUCACAUUGUCUUUUUCUUCAACAGGUUUAUAUACAGAGGAAAAAUAUACCAUCAGGGGGCAGGUUAAAGCCAAUGAACAUGGAUGUGAAAGUCCAAGGAAGGAAGGGCUCCAUCAGGAGUAGGCUGAUGAGAAAAGAGGGCUGAAUGCAGAGAGUAGUUAAAGAACAGAAGACAUACUGCUCAGAGAGUGCAGACUCUAGAGCUGGAUCACUGUGGUUCAGUAAAAUGUAAUGUAAGAGAUUAGGGAAUUUAACUUUUGAGUAUUGCAGAAUUAGGAAAAAAGACUUUCUGUAGCUAUCAUCUUGGAAUGUAUACACAAUUUUUUGAGGUUUUUGUUAUAAAGAGGGCAUCUUCAUUAGCAGAAAGUUGUGUACAGCCUUGUUAAAAUUUAAGGCUGUAGCUAUGCCUAGAGAAUUACAAAGCUGUAAUGAUAUUAAAAUCCAGUUAAGUUGAUUUUAAAAUAAAUAAAAGGUUUAGGCUUUUAUAAUUAUCUAAAAUCCUCAGUCCAGUAAAUAGACUUGAGUGCCUUAAAGCUGAGAGCUGUGCUAAGAGUUAUGUCAAUGGUCCUGCAUGAUAUGUGUUUGAAUCUUUGUUCCUACUGCUCACACAAAGAAAGGUCUAUAGUCUUCCUUCUGUUGAACCUCUGUAAAGUAGAGCUGGCUCUUUUUUCUCCUGUGCUAUUGGAGGCAACUAUAAGCAGAGAAUAGAUGCAUUUACUCAUGUUACUAACAAUGGUUUUGGUGGAGGAACAACGUUUGUUUAAUACAAUGUAAUGAAUUGCACUGUUCAAGCUGAGCACUGGCCAUUAUUGCCACUGAAAAUAAUUUAGUAUGAAUUACAUAAAGUGUGGUUCGCAGCACCAUUCUGCAAGACCCUUUUAUGGCUCUAAGCAGGGCCGUUUCCUGUAGCUUACUUCUAUUGGCAACUUGGUUUCUGUUGUCGCUUUACUGCUAUGUAUGUUGAAAAUAUAUUUGAUGGCUUCUGAUAGAUUAAAAAUAAUAGGCAACUUGCAAAAUUCAAAAUUUUCAGCAAGCUUAGCAGAAGGUCAGAUUAGAAGCAUCUCUGAAUUCUGACAGCAAAAUCACUAGUUGUGGUCUAGCUACAAAUUUCAAAUACAUUUUUACUUCCUCUGCAUUGAAACUAGGAGGAUUAAUAUUUAAUGCUCCCGUGGUGUAAGUCUGUCUCAUAGCUUCAAGUAUUAGUGACUACACUGUCAUAUGUUUAAUGAACAAAAUUUUUUCUACGUUUGAGUUUUGUAAAGAUGAGUUACGCAACAGUAAUUGUACAUUCCUUCAAUUAAAAUACGUAUAUUAUUACCUACACUUGGGUCACUACCAAGCACAUUAGUGGGAUUAAAACUUAAACCGAUGACAUUAAUAUUAUUGACAAUGUGAAACUAGCACUGAAAACCAUACUUCAAUGAUAAACCAACUAUAAAAAAAUAGCUUUUGAGCUUUGAUGUUCUGAAGUAUUUGUUCACGUAU